AUGAAAAAUGAUAAACGGCUUUGGUAUUUUUUGAUGGUUUUGGGAUGUUUGGCGCUGCUCAACGCUCUGAUUUCGACAAUUUUCAGACCCUUCAAUUAUGCACAGUAGGUUUUUCUAUUAUUGAUUUUUUUACUGUUGUUUUUCAUAACCAAAAAAUAAAUAAUCCUCUUAAUUUUAUUAUGUUGAAAUUUUUUUUUGAAAAAAAUUCCUUUUACGAUCUGACCGGUCGAAAAAUCAAAAGAACUAUGGGAUACUGUAGCACUUAGAAUAAGAUUUGAGAAUAAAAUAAUGAGCACAUUUAUGGGGGAUGGAAAAUGUGUGGGAUUUUUAUGAGAUACUGUAGGAGGCUUUUUAAUGUGAUGAUCGAAAUUCAAGACAAAAUUACAGAAAACGAAAAUUUCUUCAGAGCUUGAAUUUUAUUUACAGUAGAAAAAAUAACCUUUUUUUGAAACCGGAAAAAAUACGUUUCAAUAUUUUAAUAAGCAUAUUUGUUAUUGAUACAUAAUGUUAAAUAAUUGAAGUGUGUUUGAAAACAAAAAUUUUAAUUUUAUGAAAAAAUUCCUUUUUUUUCGAAACCUAAAAAAAUACGUUUCUAAUUUUCUUCAAACAAAUUUUUCUCAAUAGCAAUUUUUAGUGCCAAAAAGUUCAUGUUGUUAUUAAUAAUCUUCUGUAAUUUUAAACUGCAGUGAAAAUUUUGACCCAAAAAUGAUUUUAAACAAAUUUCCAUAAGCUCUAUUAACCAAAUAUCGUAUUUUAGGAAAAUAAAACAAACAAAAUGUUUUUUAACUAACAAUUAGCUCCAGAUAUAGAAAUUUUAUACUAAGCCAAUCUUGCACUACAAAAUUCUAUUAGGAAUUAAGGUUCUAAAUAACGAACCUAAUCACAAACAUAUCUGACUAAAAAUAACAUUUCCAGCCAUUUCCAAGUGAUCAACGUUCACUGGAUCAACACAAUCAUUCUAAUCGCCGCAAUCGCUCCUCUAAUCUUCCCCCAACAAACCCUCAAAUCCGAAACCGCCAUCGUCGUCACCAAUGUGAUAAGUCUUUGCAUUUGCGCAAGUUGCGCACUAGCCGAUAUUUCCAACGUGUUGCUUGUAAUUGCACGACGUGGCGGCGGAAAUACCACAGUGUUUUCCACAGAAAACGGCGAGGAAGAGGAUGAUAUCGUGAGUUUUUACGGAAAAUGUUAGAACUUUAGAAAAAAGACGAUUUAGCAGUUGUAUUAUUCGGAUGAUUUUAACUCGUUCUUACGACUACGUGCUGCUGAAUUAGUUAGUUUUGAGAAGGAGUUUGCUCAUUUGCUUUUUACGCGCUUUCCUGCUGGGCUAUAGCUUUUUUUAAAAACUUUUCGGCUGGUCGGAAUUUCAGAUCAGAAUCGGUGAGAUUGAGAGAGACGCAGAGAAAAUCUCUGCCACGUAGUUCACGUUUUUAUUAAAAAAAUUAAUUUUAUAUUUUUUUUCGAUGAAAAAUUGAGAUUUUCACGUGAAAAAAAGAUUGCCACAUAGUUCACGUUUUUUCACGUGAAAAUCUCUUUUAUCGAAAAAAAGAUAAAAUUUAUUUCUAAUAAAACGUGAACUACGUGGCAAUCUUUUCAGAAAUUUUCUCUGCGUCUCUCUCACUCUCACCGAUGACUCUUUAACAUGUUGUGAUUCCGAUCAGCCCUGAUCUAGAAGAUCCGCAUUCAAAAAUCCACUAAUAUUUACAGAGAGAACACCUCUUCACAUAUAAUUGCAUCGAUUUGGCGAUUUGCACAUUAGCCGCAUGUAUUUCCUAUCAAAUGAUCGAAAAUCGCGUGAGAAUCUCGCCAAUCAUGCACAUGGUCGAUAGCAGAAAAGUUCAAGCUCUCGGACUCGGAUUAGUCAUGCUCUCCUCAACAGCAAUCCUGAAUCAUGUUUGGGAGCGAAUUGUGAUGAUGAAUCAUAAACUCGCGAUUUUCGUCGACAUGCAUACCAUGGAUGAAUUCUCGUGGCUCACAAUUAGCAUGGCUACCGGAAUCUUCACAAUAAUGUCAUCUCGGGGAAAUCAAAUCAUUCAAUCUAGUGCAUUUGUGCUAUCCGGCGCAACUAUUUAUCCAUCAUUUUUCUAUGCUUGGCUAGAUUAUCGAGCGAUGACAUCCACACAUUCAAGAUUUUUAUUCAAUCAAGCUGCGCUAUCUUCAAUGAUUGCUCUUCCACAUAUUGGAGUGCUUCUAGCAACCUUCUUGCUCUUCACAAUUUCAAUGAGGGAAACUGUGCAGGUAUUAUCGAAAAUCUCAUCGGUACCACGCGCUCCACCGAAAUAAACACGCAAUGCAGACCGCGUCGCGCUACAACACACAAAAAUUCAAAUUCCCUCCCUUUUUUGUGUGUGUUGUGGCGCGGCGCGGUCUGCGUUGCGUGUUUACUUCGGUGGAGCGCGUGGUACCGAUGAGAUUUUCGAUAAUAUUUCCUUCCAGGUGCGCCUCGAAACCCGCCACAAAAUAAUCUUCGCCGCCUUCUCCCUCUUCUUCCUUAUCGUCGCUGUCGCUCUUGUCGACAUCUCAUUCUACGCAAUCUUCACCAAACAGUUCUAUCGCAUCUUCCACAGUUCCGAGCAAAAACUGCCAUUCCUCGCCGCAUUUUUAUCACUUUUCACUGGCUUGAGUGUCUUCACAAAGUUCAAUUUCAUCACAAUUUCUGCUUCGAUAGUUAUCGCAUUGUUGGCACUGAAUUCAACAUAUCUCCACAUUUUUUCAUAUUUUUAUCUGCGUUGGAAUGGGUAUUUUAUCGAUGUUACAAAUUUGGAGUUUCUCGUGUUGCCUGCCGAUAAAUUUGAGAAUGGAACUGAGAGUGAGUUUGCUUCUUUUUUUUUGAAAAAAAAUAAUCUAUUUUUGCAGCCUCAAUGGUUCACACAGUCGAAACAUCCAUCAAUGUUCUCUCACUCUUCGCCUCCUUCUCUCUCGUCACAUUUCUCAUGAUCCUCUGCCGAACUCACACAUCUCCCUCCGAAAUUCUCGAGCAAACCACUUCCAAACUCCCACGCGAACGUCGAAUUCUAAUUCUUGGUGUCUCAAUGUUGGCUGGCGCAUUUGUUGUGCUCAUUUUGGCUAUCUAUUUAUUGAUUGUAACCGAUAGAGUUCACCCGCUUGUCACGAUUUAUUCGCAGAUUUUUCAAUUGGUUCUAGGCUUAUCGAUCACCAGUUUUGCGUUGUUUCAGGUGAGUAACACUGCAUUUUUCAGAGAAAAACCUAUUUUUUCUCUGAAAACAGGUUCUGGUCUCCGAAACACUCUCCAAAUACCCGCUCUACCAAUCCUCUCUCAUGUUUCUAUCAAUCGUUCGAGCUCUCGACAUCCUCACUCAAAUCGACUACAAAGAUGUCGGAACUCAACCAUACGCUUGGACAAUUCACGCGCUCAUCGAGUAUAUUUCAAUUUUCGCUCACUUUUUGACAAUCGCCGAGUUGUUAUAUAUCCAAGGAGCUGGUCGACCGCUAGUCGAACCAGCCGAAAUCCCGCUGACGUUCGAGAACCCGCUGAGUCCUGAAAAUAACGGAGUUGGCGAUGAGAAUGGCUAUGUUAUGCUUCAAACAAAUGAUGUGAAUGUUGAAGAAUAG